UCAAAACGCAGCGUUUUCUAGCUGAUAGAUAAAGCAACUAUUUUCCCGGCUAGUGAGAAGAGAGAGAAGAGAAUGGAAGGUGUAGGAUCGAGAUUGAGCCGGACGUCAUCGAGAUACAGUGGUCCGGCGGCGACGGCGGUGUUCAGUGGCCGUGUAAGGAAAUGGAAGAAGAAGUGGGUACGUGUCUCAACCUCAUCCGUCGGUGUUUUCAGAGCAUCUAAAUCCAACGGUCGUAACAACAGCAACAACAGUAACUCACCACACCAUCUACUUCUCCAUAAGUGGACUCCACUUACCUCAGCGACGGUUACUGCCUCCGACGCUAAUGGUUCCGGUGAGACAGAGGAGUCGCCUAAGCGAAGAUUCAGAUACGCUCCAAUUGCGAUGCUUGAGCAUAGAGAAAAAGUGAUUUCUAAGGAUUCUGAAAUUGAAGAGACUGAAGAAUUCGACACUGAAUCUCCAUUACCUAAAGCUGUUGAGCUAGACAUGAACCUAACAGACUCAGACCAAACUAAGGAAGCAAAAACUGGUAAUUUGAAUCUGGGACUGUGUCUGAAUUCUGAAGGGACUGAAGAAUGAAGAGAAUCAUAUUGAUUUGGGAUGAGCAACUAUAAAAUGUGUUCAGCUGUGAUGAUGUCUUAUAUUGUAUCUUAUGCUAGGCGGUUAUUCCACUUUGACGUCUUCUAGAUCUCUAUGUAGUGUGUUUGUAAGUUAGGAAGAAGUUAUAUAAAUGUAAGAUUUGAAGCUUUUACCAAGAGUUUGGCUUUGGCUUAUGAAUUUGUGUAAAAGUUACAGAACCAGGGCUUCCCUGGAAGUACAGAGCAUAGUCAUGCUACCUUAUGGGAAUCUUGUUCCUCCAA